AUGAACCAAUUGGACAGUGCGUUGGAGGCUAUUAAUGACUCUUUGGAGGCGACUUCGAGGUCGCUCACGCAGUUGAAGGAGUUUUAUUCGACCGAUUAUUCAAAGGACCCAAUUGCCAAGACCCUGGGUGUUCGUGAUGGAGACAAGCUGGAGAAGGUUUCGUUGCUGACUUUGAAGAACGGGUCUAUGCUGUCCUAUGUCAACUCGCUGCUAUUAGUGCUGCAGGGGAAAGUGGACGUGGAAUGUAAGGAUCCAAGUAUGCAAUUGGGGCGUGAGAUGGCCAUCAGGGACCGUGUGGUGCUGGAGCGUGGUGUUAAACCAUUAGAGAAGAAACUGAGCUACCAAUUGGAUAAUUUGGUGAAGGCGUACAGGAGGACCGAGAAGGAGUAUUUAGAGGCUGAAAGAAGAGCAAAGGACAAAUCUUUAAGUGCCCGUACCCAGCGUGGCAGUGACAGCGAAGGUUCCAGUGACAGCAGCGACAGCGAGGAGGAAGCAUCAUACAGACCGAACGUGGUAAGAAGUAAAGCGAAGCCGAGUGCUGUAGUCAGCACUUCUGCGGACCAGGAGCAGAACAAGGGUGCUGAUGCUGAGGAGAAUGCAGACGGCAUUUAUAGACCACCGAAGAUAAGUGCCAUGCUACCACCAUCGUUGACGUCGAGACAUUUCGAAGACAAAUUCAGCGCCAAAGAACAUCAAGACCGUAGUGGUAAAUCUCGAAUGCAGGCAAUGGAAGAGUAUUUGAAGGACCAAUCGGACCAGCCAGAUUGGGAGGCGUCUAUUGGUACUAAUAUUGUCAAUCACGGGAGGGGCGGUAUCAAAUCUUCAAGAGCUACUGAGAAGGAACUUGCUGUUACCAACUACGAGGAGGAGAAUUUCACGAGAGUGAACCCUAACAUGGGGAAGAGCAAGGUCGAAAAACGUAAAAUGAAGCAAAGAGAGCGGAUGGCUAAGGUUAACGUUCUUGGAGGUGAAGACUUUGGUAUAUUCAACAACUCCAAAAGAAAAUUGGAGGAUAGUACGUCGAGACGUGGUAACAAGAAAUCAAAAAAUGCAUGGGACAGAGCAAAGAGGAGACUUUGA